CGUGUCCACGAUUACCCAGCUGCCUUCCAUACCAGCCACAUCGAUUUUUCCAGUCUUACCCGGGCUGGAAUCCGUCAUCUCACCAGCAGUGUAUACAACAAGGGAGGAGGUCGGGUCAUGCCGUCCACUCCCUAAACAUGGGGCAAAAAAGUCUCGGGCGUCAGUCAGGAGAUGGAGCACGUCCCGCCACAAUGUCUGGCACCGGCGUCCCUACGUCUGCGCACUACCAACAUAAGAGCCACACCUGGUUUCACCCGAGUGAACUCAAUCGUCUGAAGCCCAGAUAUCCUGUUGCUGUUGCUUCUGCUCCUCCUCCUCCUCCUCCUCCGUGUCCCUGUGAUAGCAAUAUAUCUAUAGGUCGUCUUCAGAAGAGGAUGCAGACUGCGGAGGCGUGCGGUCCGGCAAAGGCAGGGGCUGGGCCUUUUCGCCUCUUUCACAUGAGGCGUCGGCCGGCUGGUCCUGCCACUACUGAAGGGAGAACCAAACCUGCGUGUCUUAACCCCCCAGCCUGCGGCAGGUAUAGCUCUUCUUGCACUGGAGGAAACACUGCUUCGCUGCACCUUCCACGGAGAAAUCGGACCCUGCCUCACACCAACUCUUCCCAGACAAUACGUGGUGCCAUCCAGGGAGGGAUGACACAUUGCCUCGCUGCACUUUCCACGGAAGAAUCGAACCCUGCCUCGCACCAACUCUUCCCAUACAAAACGUGGUGCCAUCCAGGGAGGAGGAAACGCUUGCCUCGCUGCGCCUUCCACGGAGGAAUCGGACCCUGCCUCGCACUAACUCUGCCCUGAUAAUACGUGGUGCCAUCCAGAGAGUGAGGACACAUUGCCUCUCUGCACCUUCCACGGAGGAAUAAGACCCUUCCUCGCACCAGCUCUGCCUUGACAAUACGUGGUGCCAUCCAGGAAGGGAGGAGAAACUGCCUCGCUGCACCUAACCUAACAAAUGCAUGUUGCCAAUCACUUGUUAUUCCUUCCGGUAUUGUGUAAAUACGCACACAAGUAUAAUGUUACUCUUGUUCUAUAAUGUACCCACAUAAUUGUUAUUAGUACUAAUAAUGAAUUAUGAUGAAGAAAAUUGAUAUGAUCUUAAUUCCUAUAUAGAUUUUUUUAGUAGUAUUUGUUAAACAUACUUGAUCUACUCUUGAGCUGGAGCUUAACCUAACCUAAACAAUAUGAACCCUUAACCCCAACCCAUAAGGUUAUCUAACCCUAUCAAGCCCUACAAUAUAUACAUACAUUCUACUCCAGCUUUUAAAAUAAACUGAUAAUCCUGUUUGAAGCUGUAAAUCUCUACAAAGUCAAAAGCCUGAGGAUGCUAACUAGAUCAAUGGGCCCAAACUCGGCUACAAUGGCAGUAAAAUGCUUAAAGGCUAAAUAAAAAGUUGUGGAAGAUAGCUGCAUAACUGCUGAAAAGCAGCAAAAAUGGCAAAAAAGCUGAUAAAUCCUGCAAUAAAAACUGGAAAGCAGCAAAAAUGGCCAAUAAAUGCUGAAAAAUCCCUGCAAAAUUGUCCCAAAAACUGUGCUAAGUCAUAAAUACUCUGAAGAGUCUCCGGAGAAAGUGCAGAUGUA